GCAAAACCUUGCUACCCCGGCAUUUGCAAACUUCCCGAUUGUUUCUGUAGCGGCACGGAAAUCCCUGGAAACCUAUCCGUAUCAUCGAUCCCUCAGAUUGUCUUCGUCUCCUUUGAUGCUUUUGUCAGUUCUGCACCGUUUUUCUUCUACGAAACACUCUUUGAUGGAAGCUUAAAGAACCCAAACGGGUGUAAUAUCUCGGCUACCUUCUUCGUUUCACAUGAAUACACUAAUUGUUGUGAGAUUCAAGAUCUGUACAGUCAACGUCACGAAAUUGGGCACAAUUCGAUAUCUUGCCUACUACCCUCAUCAUGGUGGGCAAACGCUACCCAAGAAGGACAGAGAGAGGAAAUAUUAGGGAUGAGGGACAUUCUGAGAAAAUGGGGAAACGUGAAGGCUGAAGAUGUUAAGGGUUACCGGGCUCCAUACAUCCAAGUCGGUGGAAACAUGGAGUUUAAAGUACUGAAGGAUGAAGGCUUCUUGUAUGAGUCUUCAAUGCCAACGCAGAAGUUCACGGAUCCACCCUUAUGGCCAUACACACUUGACUAUCGCUCAAGUCAGGACUGUCAAAUCCCACCCUGUCCAAAUGGUAUGUAUGCGUCUAAAUUGGAAGUAUUUGACCAAGCAGGUCGAAAAAGUGGGUAACUUUACAGUUGAUAUGGAGAGUGUUUACUGCUAACAAAACGAACCUUCUUGAUAUGUUUGGGUGGGGACGUUUCCUAGGUGGAUCAUUAAAGAAUCGAAGAGAGAAUGAAUGGUGAUUGAAUGACUGACAGAAUUGUGAAUGGGUACACGAAGGAAAUGAAUUAAUUAAACGACUGAAUGGAUGGAUGGAUGGAUGGAUUGCUGGAGUAAGGAAUUAAGGGAGAUAAAGAUAGAUAGAUAGAUGGAUCCCGGGGGAAAGAUGUGGGCAUGAAAGAGUACAGGAAAGAGGGGAAAGCACAAAUGAGCUACUUAUGAACAACACUAACCCAUUUUCCUUAAUUUCUGUCUCCCUUCAGAUACUUUUCCAGGUUUGUGGGAAAGUACCCUUAGUUGAUUAUUACGAUACAAAAGGAAAACUUUGUAAUUUCGUUGUUUCCUGUACACCGCCUGCCUCAGUGGACGAAGUCAUCAAGUUGUUCGAGUCCAAUUUCCAGAAACACUACACCACAAACAGGGCGCCCUUCCUCAUACCGCUGGAACCAAAAUGGCUUCAGAAUAACAUGUACUUUGAAGGUUAGUUCUACAUGUAUGUGUGGGCUUCCUUGCUCUUGGCUGGUUGCAUGACUGAUACCCAUGUUGGCAAAGAUUGUCAGUAAAUUUUUACAUUUCUUCACCUGAAAUGAAAUGACAAUAAUCCUAAACUGGUGACCGUACCGAUUUUAACAAAACUUGUUAGUUUCGCCAUGCUCGGUACCGAACCUGAGAUCAGGUCCAAUUUUAUAGAUGCUUUCACGCACUCUCUCUUACGUAGUCUCGCCUGAUUUCAGGUAACCAUGCUCCAACACUAAGCCUUCGAAAAUAAUUAUGUAAGCAUAGGUGUUAUGCAUGGUUUUUGGCACCUAAUCCUCCACUGAUAUGUACAGUAGGUAAGCCUAAAAGGGGAACUCCCGCAUAACGAAAUGCGACACCCCAGCCCCUCCUCCAUGCCCCGCUAGCCAGUGCAAAGAAUGUUACUAUGCCGACCGACAGCGCUUGAUGAGCACAUGCGCACCAGCAUGUCCAUCCUAUUACCCAUGGGUUGGACAUAUGCCAGAAACUAACCUGUAAAAGCACUAUCUCGAACGAAACAAAAAUGAGAACUUUUAACAUCUUCAUUGUACCAAAACAAGAGGGGUAGAUUAAAAGCAAAAGGUAAAAAUUUUAUCAAUUAAAGGGAUACCCAAGAAAUCACGCUUAUUUUUUUCCUUACGGCGCAAUCCCGGUUACUUUAACUGACUUUAGAAUUAUGUAAUUUUGUAAAAUUUUAUUUGAUGCUGGCCAUACCGCGGCGUUGGUACCGUGUGCUUCAGUGCUGAAAUAGGUGUUGUUUACAAUUUUUGGGGGCACGCAGGUCAAUUUUUCUGAUCCCAUCUCCAUAUGCAUGCCGUGGGAGAACUGUUCUGCGGUUCCCAACCAACAGCUACCAUUUGUCUACGGUAGAGCUGGCGCUUAAAGCAGUGCUCUUGCACUUGCCUCGGCAGUAAUCUGUGGGGUCGUUAAAAGCAGUUCUGUGACACCUGACGCGGGUAAGAGUUCUGCUGUAUGCAGUUAUCGUAUAUCCUUAAUUUUUUCAACUACACUUCAUUGUAACUACUUUCUAGUGAUCUGUAAAUAAAUUAUUUAAAAGAAAAAAAAAAAUGUCAAAAAAAAAAAAAGUUCUCUGCAUUGUGGGACUCGUUAGCUUAUAGUAAUAUAGCAGUCCUUGCACGCCCGACUGUUCAGGUGCCCCGUUGGGCGGGGAACGUUUCCGGGGGGCCACGUUCAAUUCCUGGGCGAUUUUGGCGUACUGGUGUACCCUCUUUCAGGCGAUGCUCGGCAGAGCCAUCGCACUCCGGCUCUGUUAAAUAUCUUGAUGUUGUUCGGCCAUUGCACCGACCAUUGCAGUACCGGGUCCGAGGCUGGGGACGCCUGAAAAACAAAACAAAAAACUGGCGCCUCUUACACCGCGCAUUUCCUUUUGCCCUGGACCUUUUAAGCGUAAUUGCAGUUCGACAUCCUUUUGCUCGUUUUGUCCACACAAUAAACGUGAGAAAUUAACGCAUCUAUUAAGUAUUGGGCCGGGGGCAAGGGGGCAGGGGAUAUGUACACGUUUAUAUGUGUGAAUUGAUGGAACGAGUUUCGCGCACGUGGAAUAAAAAGUAUAAUGUGUGGGCGGUCAUCAGAUAUUGGAAAGUAUUUUAAAAACUUUCCUAUUACUAAUAAGACAAAAUUGCAAAAAAACUUUACCAGUGAAAUUUAAACAACAAAAUAAAUAAUGAAAACAUUUACAUAAUAUAGAACUGCUGGAAUUAAUCACGCUCAAAUGCAUUGGCAGAAAACACUGCCUGAAUGUUAAUCAUAUUUUUUGAUUUACGCUGCUGGGCGCGAGGAGAUUGGGGAGCUAUGCGGAAAGUCCCAGUUAAAAGUGAUGCCCAUUUUUCUUGUUACAAACGGGAAUUGACUUAUUUAGAGACCACAAUAGAGGAAAUCACAGCCCAACUUCAAAAUGGUACUUAUUUUUCAAUCUUUUUUGUGUCUAAGACGUGUGUAACUUUGUGCGUUCAAGCUCAACACGUCUCCAGUUAUUUGGAAUUUUUAAAAUUCUAGUGGCUUUGCGAUCGGGAAUUUGCACAUCCUGUAUUUGCUGGUGAUAGUAUAGAUUUUUAUCAGAUUACGCUUUAUAUUUCACCGAGAGAGCUUUCUUGUAGACGUAGAUAAUCCGUAGAGACCUUUAUCACAUAAACAGUGACGUGUGUAUUUCCGCACACUUUUACUGAGAGGGCGGUUGUGUUUGUGAUGCAAUAAAUUCAUACAAUGUACUCAUUUAGAAUUCUGUUUUAUUUUUCUUUUGUUUCUGACUGAACCACAGCUGUUAGAAUUUAUUUUCAUUAUGUUUAAUUUGUUUUGGUUCCGUUACCGUAUUUAUGCGAUACAGUUAAGUUUGUUUGGCCAGAUAGAACUCCAUAUUUUUAAAUUAAAUUUAAAGGAAUGACUUUCAUAUGCCGUACUCGCAAUAUAAAAGUGGGCUAUACAUGUAUACACGUCCUCAGAGACUUGUCAAACUGCUUAAGGUUCAUGAUGAGAUGAGGAAGUAAUCUCCAUCGUCACCAGGACUCGCCGAGGCAUCUUUUGAACAAGCACGCCGUGAGAAUAAUCACAAUAUUAUCCAAAGCGUGCUAUUACUUUUUUCUCUUCUAGCCCCAAUCCCUUCUAAAUCGGGUUUUUCCUACUGCUAGAUUCGUUUUGGGCAGCCCCGUCUAAUAAGUACCGUUCUUGGUACUUCCUCGUUUAUUUUAGCGAAGAAAAAUAACUAGCUACGGGGAAAAGCCCACGGCAAGCAUUGUGUCAGUAACACAACCCGAGAAUUUUUUCUCGUGGUUUUCUUAAUUCGUUGAGUUCAAGCACGUUUUUGCGAACAGGAAUUUGCAUUGGGUUAUAGCGAGUCACAUCCUCUAACAAAACAGUAGUUUUAAAACGAUUGUAUUUCGAUUAUGUGGUCAGUUAAGAAGGAGAUAGGUGAGAGAAAACUCCAGGGACAACUGGAAGUAGUGGCUUUUGAUACAUCAAAAUUUCAAUUGCAUUUAACUCAUUUCCAUUGCAUUUUUGACUAUAAUGAUAUUAUUGUUAAAAAGAUAUGUUAUUGUUAUUGAUAUAUAAUUGCAACAUUCACUACAUGCCACUGUAUAACAAUCCGGGGGGGUGGACACUCCGCAUAUGAAAGGGGUGGAGACGCUCGUCGUCUCGCUUAGGGGUGUAAAUUUCGGAUUUUAGUCUCACUUAGGGUUUUCUGGGCAAAACGAUAUCAUAUUUAGCCGUGAAGGUCUCGUUUAGGGUUGCACGCGAAAAAAUAUAAAAAAAUGUAUAUCGACUGCAUUUUAACAUGGUCUCUUUUAGGGGUCAAAAAAAGCUUAGGCCACGCCCAAGUCGGUCUCCGUUAGGGAUUUACUUCAAAAUUUCUGACGAGCAUCCCCAGCCCUUUCAUAUGCGGAGUCCCUCCCCCGGGAUAACAAUAUACUUCCACAAAGCUGCCACCUACUUUUGCUGUAAGUUUAUUGAUUACCUUGGCAAAAAGCCACAGGAAGGAACUGUUUACGUAUUGGUCUCAUCCAGGACUUAACGACAGGUUUCCUAAGAAACCUUAACAUUGCAGCCCGACAUAGCGCUUUCAAGACGAGCGUCAUGAUAUUCUUAGAUGCCAGUGUUUUUGUAAUGAUAUAGGAGGAGAUAAUAUAAACUUUAGACAAGACCAGUCAGACCAGUCGAGCUCUUGGGACCGAGACAGUUAUCGGCAACACAGAAAAAGUCAGUGUCAUAACUGACGAUGUCUUCAUUGCGAAUUGGUGCGUUGUUUUCUCUCACUCUCACUCUUAGCCUUACAUCCCAGUCGGUUGUUUGUGGCGAUCCAGCAAAACCCUGCAACCCCGACAUUUGCAAACUUCCCGAUUGUUUCUGCAGUGGCACUGAAAUCCCUGGUAAUUUACCUGCAUCAUCGAUCCCUCAGAUUGUCUUCAUCUCCUUUGAUGGUGCCUUUAAUAAUGAUCAGUAUGAUCCAGACGACUUAAAGCAUUUCUUCAAUGACUACCGCUUAAAGACCUUAAAGAACCCAAAUGGAUGUAAUAUCUCGGUUACAUUCUUUCUAUCUCAUUUCUACACCAAUUAUUGCGCGGUUCAAGAUCUGUAUAGUCAGCGUCACGAAAUCGCCGUCAAUUCGAUAUCUCGCCGACUCCCAAAAUCAUGGUAGGCGAACGCUACCGUAAAAGAGCAGACACAGGAAAUAGGAGGUAUGAGGAGACUUCUGCAAAAAAUGGCACAUGUGAAGGCUGAAGAUGUGAAAGGUUACCGCGCUCCAUACAUGCAAGUUGGUGGUAACACAGAGUUUAAAGUACUGAAAGACUUGGGAUUUCUGUAUGAAUCUUCAAUGCCAACACGAAACUUUAUAGAUCAGCCACUUUGGCCAUAUACACUUGACUAUCGCUCAACUCAGGGUUGCGAAAUCCAGCCCUGCCCAACAGGUAUGUAGUCUUAGAAGCAAGAGAGAUUUGUACUAAAUUAACCUGAGCCUUUGCCCAGAAAGUUACUUAUGGCAAGCAACAACUUUAUUAACACGAAAGAAAUGCAUAAUACAUUCACAAUACUAUACAUAUAGCAAACGCUAUUCAACGCAUGCGCAGGCAGGGAGGGAACGUUUGUUACAUUUUAUACAAAAAAACAUUUUAUGCCAAAUUACAGCGACGAGGGAAACUACACGUCCACCAUGCCCACACACAUGCCCACCAGUUCAUAUUGUGACAAAGUACUCACUAGCCUGCAAAAACAUUCGUUUCUCCUCGCUCCUCGCCGCUGGGGGAGUUCAGCGAAGAGGAACGUCUGCGACUCAGCGACAGAAAUUCCAUACUGAUGACCAUGGUUUUGCCAGGCUCAUGUCUCAUGCGUAAAUACGUACAAUGGUCUGCUCCUUGAAGGUGAAAAUCACUAUCACCUACCUAUUUGUGUUUCUUAAUGUCACCACUGUGUAAAAAAUAUCCUAUAAUAAUAAUAAUAAUAAUGAUAAUAAUAAUAAUAAUAAUACAAGAAUUUAUAUAGCGCCAUUUCCGUGAGCUCAAUGCCGCUUUGCAAUAAUCGUAAUUCUAAAAAAAUAAAAUAAAUAAAAAUAUUUGGCUUAUUACAGAGAAUAUAUAACAGUUGUAGGAAUAAAUUUCUCAAAAAUAAGAUACAAUCAACUUAGCUUGCUAAGAUUAACUAUAAGGAAAAUAUAUACAAUAAAAGAAAAAAGGGUGGCAACUAACUAAUAAAAGCUUCUCUAAAAAGUAGUGUUUUAAUCUUAUUCUUAAAAACAUCAAGGUUCUGGAUUGAUCUUAUGUCAUCGGUUAGGGAGUUCCAAAGCCUGGGCGCAGCAACUUGAAAAUAUCUGUCACCGUAAAACUUGAGAUUAGAUUUGGGUGUUACAAGCAGAUUUUUUGAAGAAGAUCGUAAUUGCCUCGUCGGAGUAUAGGGCUGAAGGAGGUCUGCUAUAUAUUUUGGCGCCAUGCCAUUCAUUGCUUUGUAAUAAUAAUAAUAAUCAUCUUUAUUGAGGAAACUUUUUCAUAAAAGAUAUGGUUUUCAAAAAGGACCUCAAAACUAGAUAUCUGUUAUAAAAACAAAAAAGCUAUAAAAUUGCAAAGGGAUUAAAAAGAUACAAAAAAUGCAUAAAAAAUUAAAAAUAAGUAUAAGUAAUUUUGUACGUAAUUCGUUGUCUAACUGGUAGCCAGUGUAGUCUACGGAGAACUGGUGUUAUAUGUUCUGAGCUUCGAGUUCUAGUCACCAGUCGAGCUGCGCAGUUUUGUACAUACUGUAGCCUAUCAAUAACCGAUUGAGGUAAGCCAUAUAGAAGAGCAUUACAGAAAUCCAACUUAGAUGAAAUAAAUGCAUGAACAAGUGUCUCAGCGUUAUCCUAAGAGAGACAGUUUCUUAUCUUUGCUAUAUUUCGUAAAUGAUAGAAGGCCAUUUUUUAGGUGUUCAUAACAUGUUUCUCUAAGUUGACAUGGGAACCAAAAAUUACACCUAUAUUUCUUGCAUUAUUAGAGACUUCAAUGUAUUCACCAGCCACAUGAAUACCCUUAAUAGGUGGGUUGAUUUUGUGCUUCGGUCCGAUCACUAGGAGCUCAGUUUUAUCCCUAGAUCUGUUCGGCUUUAACAUGUUUGCAAGCAUCCAUGCAUCAAUAUCAUUUAAACAAGACUCAAUUGCUUGCACUGAAGGCGCUUGAUCAUGAAGCUUGAAUGACCAGUAAAGCUGGGUGUCAUCAGCGUAGAAAUUCAAUGACAUGAUAGGCCAUGACUUCUGACAAUGUCGCCAAGCGGGGACGUGUACAAUACAUACAAUAUAGGCGCCAGCACAGAUCCUUGGGGCACGCCACACCGCGUGCGCAAGUCCUUGCUACACGAUGUAUAAGCUAAGACGAUAAGUAGAAGUUACGACGAAAACUCGUUAGUCCAUGACAUCCCUUAAUAAUAAUGUAUCUUAUUGUAUAGGUUCCUUCUUCUCUUUUUGUCUUAUCUAUAGCUAUCUUUAAAUAUGAAUUUUGUUUUCUGUCUCUCUUUAGAAUCUUUUCCGGGUUUGUGGGAAGUACCCAUUGCGGAUUACUUCAAUGAAAAAGGAAUUUCUUGUCAUCGUAUUGACUCUUGCGCACCAAAUAUUCAGUCGUACAGACCUUUCAAGGACCUGCUUGAUUCCAAUUUCCAGCUACAUUACAAGACAAACAAGGCUCCAUUCUUCAUGCCUCUGUCAGCAGAAUGGCUUGGUGAUUUCUAUCGCCGUGAAGGUUAGUUCUAAACAUAACGGUUUCAUAAGAUUGUAAAUACUGGGGGCGGAAGUGUUUCUCUGACUUCCGACUUGUUUUGUAAUUGUGUCUCCAUAAAACAGCCUCUUUAAUAUUCUGAAUUAAUCUAUAAUGCCUCCUAGCUAGAUUUAGCUUUUUAGCUUUUUUCUAGGUGGCCUGUACCUUACUUAAGUAGUACUAUCUUUUUUUAAAGUUUUUCUUCUGUGUGUAGUAUAAACAAAGUUCUUGUCUUGUCUUGUCUUGUCUUAUAAAGAGAGUCAAAAUGAACUCUUACACGCAGCAGUCGUUUGUCUUGUAAGUGUGCAAGGCUUCUUUUCAUGCAAAAGAGGAGACAAGAGGCGGCUGAGUGUUGAAUAGCCAAAAAACGACUACUUCUGAAGGAAAUUAUUAUCCAUUUGGCAAACGCUGUCCCCGAGGGAGGGACUCCGCAUAUGAAAGGGGUGGGGAUGCUCGUCGUCUCGCUUAGGGGUGUAAAUUUCGGAUUUUGGUCUCACCUCGGGUGUUCUGGGCAAAACGCCGUCACAUUUAGCCGUGUAGGUCUCGUUUAGGGUUGCACGUGAAAAAAAUAAAAAUAAAUAUAUUGUCUGUGUUUUAACAUGGUCUCUUAUAGGGGUCAAAAAAAGCUUGGGCCAAGCACAGAUCGGUCUCCUUUAGGGUUUAAUUCAAAAUUUCCGACGAGCCUCCCCACCCUUUCAUAUGCGGAGUCCCCCCCAGUGACCCCGGGACGCUGUCUAUCUUUUGUAAGUGCGAAUUUACCCGCCAUUGUUCUUGGAGUUUAUUUCAUAUUUCUCUUCAUUUUCCUAAUUCACCACUAAAUCGGUAAUAAUGCUGUUCAGGUGAUUAUAACUUUCACUUGUUGGCAUGUCAUCAUACAUUAUUUCAAAGAGUUUUCGAGUCGACGAAACUUUUUUUUUUUACAAUUAAUCAUUUUGAUUACUUUAAGGUAGAAACUGAUUUUUUUAUUUCGUUUAUACGAAAGCAACCGAGGUCUUCCUCAGGAAAUUGACCUCCAUGGGCGACGUGUGGAUUGUGACAGUUUCCCAGGGUCUUGAGUGGAUCAAGAACCCAACAACGCUGGACAAGAUCAAAGACUUUAAACCCUGGAAAUGC